CAGUGUAAUCGGCCUGUUUGAAGGAUUCUGAAUGCGAGAGUGUGGAAACUGACUGUCGAUAUUCUGAAUGCAAGAGAUGUACUGUACUGUGUGUCCGAGUGGUUCAACUCCACGUUAUCCAUGGAAAAUCUAUAGCAACGGAACCUUGUGGACGACGUACUUUGUGUUACGGUUACGGUUGCGGGUCGAGAUCUUUCUGAAAGUUCUCCUUUGUAUUCUGAUAUUAAUUAUUAACGUUUUGUUUGCGGGGGAGUGUCGAAACUGAAUGUCGUUAUUUUGAAUGUGCUUAGUUAAUAAUAUUCAUUAUGUUAGCACAUCGAAAGGUAGUAUCAGGUAGUAAAAUAUAUAUGUUAUACCUCCUUGGUUAAACUUGCAAUCGUGUUGUGGUAUGGAUUUUGACAACGUUAAAGAUAAUGGAGAAGAAGAAGAAGAAGAAGAAGAAGACGAAGAAGAUGAUGAUGAUGAUGAUGAUGAUGAUGAUGAUGAUGAUGAUGAUGAUGGACCAAGUGCCAAGUUGUCCGACUCCCCAUUGUUCUCGGUCCCUUAGGGCAACUGCGGUCAACAUGGAUAUCGGAACACGGGUACUACGUGGCCCUGAUUGGUCAGGAGGUGACAGUGACGGAGGUGAAGGUCACCUCGGGACUGUUGUGAGUGUAGGAGGGGAGCCAACCUGCGAAGUGCUAUGGGACAAUGGAAACCGUGGAAUAUGUCGGUCUGGAGCACAUGGGAAACACGAUUUGCUUGUGUUCGACACUGGGCCCACAGGACUUCAACACACCGGCAUUCUUUGUAACGGAUGUGACGUAUUCGGAAUAGCAGGGACACGCUGGACGUGCAGCACGUGCAAAACGUGCAACCUGUGCAGUGUGUGCUAUGGGAACGCUGAACAUGAUAUCGCUCAUGACUUCGUCAGAUAUGACACGCCGGGAUGCGAAGGUGUCACUGUCCCCCCACGGAGAAAAGGUGUUCGAAUACAAGCCAUGGGCUUAUUCCCGAGAGCAAGGGUUGCGCGAGGAAUUAACUGGACAUCGAAAGAUGAAGAUGGCGGAGAAGACUCUGAAGGUGAAGUGAAGUGUGUUGAGGACCACCCGAGUGGAACCUCUUUUAGGAGCAUGGUGAAAGUGGAGUGGAACUGCGGCAACACUGGGUCGUACCGAGCUGGACAUGAGGGCAAGGUGGAGGUCAAGGUUGUCACAGAGUUUCCGGGAACGUUUUACUACAGGGAUCAUUUACGAUUUUUCACCGGGUCCGAAAGUGAAGCAACACAUGGCGCAAAGAAUGAACAGCCACAGUCUGCCCAACGGUCCCAGCUGUCCCCGGGGGACCGGGUGUGUAUCCGUGUGACCUUGGAGGAACUACAACGGCUUCAACAGAACAUCAGCCAGUGGGAUCCCCAUGUUCUCCAGUGUUUGCCGAUGUUGGGAACUGUGAAAGGCUGCACGAAGCCAGGCCAAGUGGAGGUGUCCUUCCAGUGGCCAAUCAGAGGACUGUUGGAAAGUGGAACGCAUAUCAUUAAUGAAAAGGCGUUGAAAAAGAUUGACACUUUCAAGGAAGGCGAUAGUGUGCGGAUCAUUGAAGAUGUCAAUGAAAUGAGACGACUUCAAUUGGGCCAUGGUGGAUAUAGCCCCAUUAUGUCAAUGUCACUGGGCAAGGUGGGAAAGGUCCGCGCGGUCAACCUACUCGGUGAUGUAGUGGUCAGUUUCGGCAGAGUUGUGUGGCACUUCAGUCCUGCCUGCUGCAGUCGAGUCCAACCACAGCGAGAAGACAACCUGGAAGAGCUGGGUGAUGGACACAACACAUUGAUAGGUGACUCCAGCCCUGAUGUGUUCCUCCCCACCAUUGUGGACGGUAGCCCCACGACAGACGAAGGCCUGAUUGCAAAGGCAAACGGCAUGUUUGAUGCUUUUUCCAAACAGAACUUCAGCCUCUUCAUGAUGAUUUUUAAGUUGGAUGAGAGACUGAAAAAUAUCAUUCAUCAUGGAAUAACGCCCCUGAUUCUUGCCUGCUCCGCCGGCGUUGUCGAUGUCGUGAAGCAAUUGUUGGAUGAAGGUGUGGACAUCAACCAGAAGGAUGUUGGACAACAGACGCCGUUGUUACACGCCAUCUUCAGAGACGCAGAUGCUGUCCUCGAGAUCUUGUUGGCGCGAGGCAGUGACGUGAACCUGGCGGGUCAGCAAGGCAUCACUCCGUUACACAUGACUGUCAUAAAUAACGUGACGAAACACGUCAGUCUCCUGAUGGAGAGGAAAGCAGAUGUCAACAUUCGGGACCAGAAUGGAAACACACCCAUUCAAGUCGCGAUAGGAAUGGGUAAUAAGGACCUGCUGUCUAUGCUGCUCAAAGCUGAAAAUAUUGAUCACAGACUAUGUAACAAAAGCAACUUCAACAACCUGCAGUUGGCAUCCCUGAAAGGGAACUAUGAAAUUCUCCAAAGGGUGAUGGCCGUGACGCCACUCGAUGUUGUCGACUUAGGGAUGGUGGAUACAAGGUUCACGGCGCUUCAUAUUGCUGCUAACAAUGGCCACACCGACUGCGCCACUAUUCUCAUCGAAAAGGGCAAGGCGAAUGUUAAUGCACAAAACAUGCAGGGAGUGACACCUCUAAUUCUGGCCUGCUCGGGGCUGUAUGACACUACUGUGGCUCUGCUAUUAAGGAAAGGUGCUGACGUCAAUGUCGCCGACAACGCAGGGGACACGCCUCUGCACUUCACCAUCCGUCCACAGAUGGACCCGGCUAUUCGACUCCUGAUGGUACCGAGACCUGACGAAAACAAGGUGCGCAUCAAAAUAGCGUGCCUCCUCUUACAGAAGGGAGCGAACAUAUACAGAAGAAACGCCCAGGGGAGAACAGCCCUUGACUGUAACGACGACUCAACUAUCAGGACAGCCGUGCUAACAUUCACGGAACAGAUGGGACAGUCAUCUUCGUCAGCAGCAGGUGCUUCAGCGUCCCCGUCAUCGAGCACGUCCAUUCAACACGAAGCAUCAUCGUCAGGUGGACCAACUGUAUCCCUUCCUUGCUCCAACUGUUUGACCAGAAUAGUGGACAUCCAACUCAGGCCAUGUGGCCACAGGUUCUUGUGCAGAGCGUGUGUGGAGACCGUUAAGCAGUGCCCCUCCUGUAAACAGGACAUCAAGGAUGUGGAGGAGCUUCAGGGUUCAGGGCUUAAAGAUCAGUCGUGUAAAGUACAGUGAACUGUAGACGGUGCCACACUACCGAACCAGACAGAUUCAUCCAUGGAAGAACAGAAAUGUACAAAACAAUAUUUUUGUGUCCUGUUAAGUUGUUCAUGAUUAAUAGUGAGUUACUUUUAACGUUGAAUGUUUUCCUGCCGCACACAUCGGCUUUUUCACCAAAUAUUAAACACAUAA